CUGAAACUGCAAGAGGACGACAAGAGCGGCGUUCGUUCUCACUAGUAUGUCGAUUCCAUCGGGCUGCACAUCCACUCCUGAGCCCGAAUGUUUAUCUAGAUUAACAAGUGGAAUAUUCUUCAGUUGAUUUACCCACGAAGUUCGGGAGGCGUUUUAUUUGGUGUCCUGGACGUUGACCAAUCAGACAGCUGCAUGUGGAAGGUCUCAGCCAAUGAUGGAGGCCUGGCCAGCAGCCUGGGUCCUACUUUUAACGCUAAUUGCUGAUUGGCUGGAAGCGGCUCAAUCGCGGGACUUCACUGUGAAGGACAUCAUCCUCCUCCAUCCAUCAACCACACCUCAUCCUGGAGGGUUCAAGUGCUUCACAUGUAAAGAUGCACCAGACAACUACGAAUGCAAUCGCUGGGCUCCGGACGUAUACUGCCCACGAGAGACCCGGUACUGCUACACCCUCCAUGUGUUGGACGUCCAGGGGAACACUGUGUCUGUGACCAAACGCUGCGUGGCCCUGGCCCACUGUCUGUCUACAGGCUGCACCCAGGACAACCAUGAAGGAUACAAGGUCUGCACUGCUUGCUGUGAAGGAAACAUCUGUAACAUGCAGUUGCCAAGAAACAAGACAGACGCCAUCUUUUCCACCACCUCUCUCCUCCACAGCAGUAACGGUCUACUCACACACUACUGGCUGCUCACUGGCUGUCUGAGCUCUACCGUCAUCAGUGUCAUGCUAUCCAACAGUCUAUGACAUCUAACACUCCUACCGUCAUCAGCGUCAUGCUAUCCAACACUCCUACAGUCAUCAGCGUCAUGCUAUCCAACAGUCUAUGACAUCUAACACUCCUACCGUCAUCAGCAUCAUGCUAUCCAACAGUCUAUGACAUCUAACACUCCUACCGUCAUCAGCGUCAUGCUAUCCAACAGUCUAUGACAUCUAACACUCCUACCGUCAUCAGCGUCAUGCUAUCCAACAGUCUAUGACAUCUAACACUCCUACCGUCAUCAGCGUCAUGCUAUCCAACAGUCUAUGACAUCUAACACUCCUACCGUCAUCAGCGUCAUGCUAUCCAACAGUCUAUGACGUCUAACACUUCUACCGUCAUCAGCGUCAUGCUAUCCAACAGUCUAUGACAUCUAACACUCCUACCGUCAUCAGCGUCAUGCUAUCCAACAGUCUCUGACAUCUAACACUCCUACAGUCAUCAGCGUCAUGCUAUCCAACAGUCUAUGACAUCUAACACUCCUACCGUCAUCAGCAUCAUGCUAUCCAACAGUCUAUGACAUCUAACACUCCUACCGUCAUCAGCAUCAUGCUAUCCAACAGUCUAUGACAUCUAACACUCCUACCGUCAUCAGCGUCAUGCUAUCCAACAGUCUAUGACAUCUAACACUCCUACCGUCAUCAGCGUCAUGCUAUCCAACACUCCUACAGUCAUCAGCGUCAUGCUAUCCAACAGUCUAUGACAUCUAACACUCCUAUCGUCAUCAGCGUCAUGCUAUCCAACACUCCUACAGUCAUCAGCGUCAUGCUAUCCAACAGUCUAUGACAUCUAACACUCCUACCGUCAUCAGCGUCAGGCUAUCCAACAGUCUAUGACAUCUAACACUCCUACAGUCAUCAGCGUCAUGCUAUCCAACAGUCUAUGACAUCUAACACUCCUACCGUCAUCAGUGUCAUGAUAUCCAACACUCCUACAGUCAUCAGCAUCAUGCUAUCCAACAGUCUAUGACAUCUAACACUCCUACAGUCAUCAGCAUCAUGCUAUCCAACAGUCUAUGACAUCUAACACUCCUACCGUCAUCAGUGUCAUGCUAUCCAACAGUCUAUGACAUCUAACACUCCUACAGUCAUCAGUGUCAUGCUAUCCAACAGUCUAUGACAUCUAACACUCCUACCGUCAUCAGCGUCAUGCUAUCCAACAGUCUAUGACAUCUAACACUCCUACCGUCAUCAGCGUCAUGCUAUCCAACAGUCUAUGACAUCUAACACUCCUACCGUCAUCAGCAUCAUGCUAUCCAACAGUCUAUGACAUCUAACACUCCUACCGUCAUCAGCAUCAUGCUAUCCAACAGUCUAUGACAUCUAACACUCCUACCGUCAUCAGCGUCAUGCUAUCCAACAGUCUAUGACAUCUAACACUCCUACCGUCAUCAGCGUCAUGCUAUCCAACACUCCUACAGUCAUCAGCGUCAUGCUAUCCAACAGUCUAUGACAUCUAACACUCCUAUCGUCAUCAGCGUCAUGCUAUCCAACACUCCUACAGUCAUCAGCGUCAUGCUAUCCAACAGUCUAUGACAUCUAACACUCCUACCGUCAUCAGCGUCAGGCUAUCCAACAGUCUAUGACAUCUAACACUCCUACAGUCAUCAGCGUCAUGCUAUCCAACAGUCUAUGACAUCUAACACUCCUACCGUCAUCAGUGUCAUGAUAUCCAACACUCCUACAGUCAUCAGCAUCAUGCUAUCCAACAGUCUAUGACAUCUAACACUCCUACAGUCAUCAGCAUCAUGCUAUCCAACAGUCUAUGACAUCUAACACUCCUACCGUCAUCAGUGUCAUGCUAUCCAACAGUCUAUGACAUCUAACACUCCUACAGUCAUCAGUGUCAUGCUAUCCAACAGUCUAUGACAUCUAACACUCCUACCGUCAUCAGCGUCAUGCUAUCCAACAGUCUAUGACAUCUAACACUCCUACCGUCAUCAGCGUCAUGCUAUCCAACAGUCUAUGACAUCUAACACUCCUACCGUCAUCAGCGUCAUGAUAUCUAACAGUCUAUGACAUCUAACACUCCUUCUGCAUGGUAGAGCAAGUAGAUGUACAGUUUGAUCACCAGAUAUUUGGUGUUAUAAUUUUAUGAAGUUGCUUUUCUGUUGUUUAAUUUAUUUAAUUUUUCCUAUUUUUUAACCGAGACAGUAUUGAUGGAAUCUUCUAGAUUUUGGCUCAUCGUAAGAAGUUCUCCUGUUAUAUUUACUGGAUUCUAUGUGCAGUAUGUGAUAUAUGUACAUAGUAUUUAUUUUGUAUAAUACAUUUAACAAUUGUUAAAUACCUGUAGUUAACAUUGGAUUCAGGUAGAAUGAAAAGUGAACUAGGUUGCAGUGCGGUGUUUUUGUUCCUGGAGUCGUGUGAUUGGUUGGUUUAGGCUGUGUGCCCACCAUACCCAUGAGACUGAUGACUGAUCAUUUCCUCUCAACCCAUUGGCUAUCUGGCGCUGGAAGAUAUGACGUCAACCAUAACACUACAACGUUGUAAUGUUUCUGUAUUUCUUACAGUUCUGUCCAAUAGAAAGGUUGCCACUUAUUGAUUAGCAUGUCGUCUUGAGGAUGAUGGUCUAAACAUCCUGUACUGAUCCCAUAUACCAGGUUUGGUAUACAUUGUGUUCACCAUUAAAUGUAUUAUACCAGGUUUGGUAUACAUUGUGUUCACCAUUAAAUGUAUUAUACCAGGUUUGGUAUACAUUGUGUUCACCAUUAAAUUGAUUAUACCAGGUUUGGUAUACAUUGUGUUCACCAUUAAAUGUAUUAUACCAAGUUUGGUAUACAUUGUGUUCACCAUUAAAUUGAUUAUACCAGGUUUGGUAUACAUUGUGUUCACCAUUAAAUUGAUUAUACCAGGUUUGGUAUACAUUGUGUUCACCAUUAAAUUGAUUAUACCAGGUUUGGUAUACAUUGUGUUCACCAUUAAAUUGAUUAUACCAGGUUUGGUAUACAUUGUGUUCACCAUUAAAUUGAUUAUACCAGGUUUGGUAUACAUUGUGUUCACCAUUAAAUGUAUUAUACCAGGUUUGGUAUACAUUGUGUUCACCAUUAAAUGUAUUAUACCAGGUUUGGUAUACAUUGUGUUCACCAUUAAAUAUAUUAUACCAGGUUUGGUAUACAUUGUGUUCACCAUUAAAUGUAUUAUACCAGGUUUGGUAUACAUUGUGUUCACCAUUAAA